GCCUCAGCCUCUAUCGCCGCCGCCGCCGCCAUGGAGCUCUCGCAGCCCCAGUCGCCCCUCCGGCCCGCCAACGAGAACAUCCUCGUCAGCAAGCCCGAUGGCCCCAAGAAGCUCUCGGUGGAGCACAUCUACCAGAAGAAAACGCAGCUGGAGCACAUCCUGCUCCGGCCAGACACCUACAUCGGCUCCGUGGAGCUCGUCACCCAGCAAAUGUGGGUUUAUGAUGAAGGCAUCGGCCUCAACUGCAGAGAUGUGACCUUUGUGCCUGGCUUGUACAAAAUCUUUGAUGAGAUUCUGGUCAAUGCCGCAGACAACAAGCAGAGGGAUAAAAACAUGUCGUGCAUUAAAGUCACAAUUGAUGUGGAGAAUAACACAAUCAGCGUGUGGAACAACGGGAAAGGUAUCCCAGUUGUUGAACACAAAGUGGAGAAGGUCUAUGUGCCUGCUCUGAUCUUUGGACAGCUGCUGACAUCCAGCAACUAUGAUGACAAUGAGAAGAAAGUCACAGGGGGGAGAAAUGGUUAUGGAGCCAAGCUGUGCAACAUAUUCAGCACAAAAUUUACUGUGGAAACUGGAUGUCGUGAAUACAAAAAGUUGUUCAAGCAGACCUGGACAGACAACAUGGGGAAGGCUGGAGAAAUGAAGCUGAAAUACUUUGAUGGAGAUGAUUACACCUGUGUCACUUUCCAACCUGACCUGUCCAAAUUCAAGAUGACUGUUCUGGAUAAGGACAUUGUAGCACUGAUGUCUCGCAGAGCUUAUGAUAUUGCUGGAUCCACAAAGGAUGUCAAAGUUUUCCUGAAUGGACAGAGGCUUCCUGUGAAAGGAUUCCGCAGCUAUGUGGACCUCUAUCUGAAGGAUAAGGUCGAUGAAACUGGGAAUGCACUUAAAGUUAUCCAUGAGGAGGUCAAUUCCCGAUGGGAAGUGUGCUUGACUUUGAGUGAAAAAGGCUUCCAGCAAGUCAGCUUUGUUAACAGCAUUGCCACCACAAAGGGUGGCAGACAUGUUGAUUAUGUGGCUGACCAGCUCGUGACCAAAAUCAUUGAUGUUGUGAAAAAGAAGAACAAAAACGGAGUUGGAGUGAAGCCUUUCCAGGUGAAGAACCACAUGUGGAUUUUUGUGAAUGCCUUAAUUGAAAAUCCAACCUUUGACUCUCAGACUAAGGAGAACAUGACUCUGCAGGCAAAGAACUUCGGCUCUACCUGCAAACUGAGUGAAAAAUUCAUUAAGGGUGCAGUUGGCUGUGGCAUUGUUGAAAGUAUCCUAAAUUGGGUAAAAUUUAAAGCUCAGAACCAGUUGAAUAAGAAAUGUUCAGCUGUGAAACACUCCAAGAUUAAAGGUGUUCCUAAACUGGAUGAUGCCAACGAUGCUGGCAGCAAGAAUUCUUUAGAUUGUACACUGAUCCUGACUGAGGGAGACUCAGCCAAAACUCUGGCUGUCUCUGGUCUGGGAGUGGUUGGUAGAGACAAAUAUGGAGUGUUUCCUCUUCGUGGGAAAAUCCUCAAUGUCAGGGAAGCUUCUCAUAAGCAGAUUAUGGAAAAUGCUGAAAUCAACAACAUCAUCAAGAUUGUGGGUUUGCAGUAUAAAAAGAACUAUGAAGAUCAAGAAUCUUUAAAAAGUCUUCGCUAUGGAAAGAUUAUGAUCAUGACAGAUCAGGAUCAGGAUGGAUCACACAUCAAAGGUUUGCUGAUUAACUUCAUCCAUCACAACUGGCCAUCUCUUCUAAGACACAAUUUUUUGGAGGAAUUCAUUACUCCCAUCAUAAAGGCCUUUAAAAACAAAGAAGAAAUUGCAUUCUACAGCAUUCCCGAGUUUGAAGAAUGGAAAGCCAGUACACAGAACUACAACUCGUGGAAAAUCAAGUACUACAAAGGUUUGGGUACCAGCACAUCAAAGGAGGCCAAAGAAUACUUUGCAGAUAUGGCAAAACACCGAAUUGGCUUCAAAUAUUCUGGGCCUGAAGAUGAUGCUGCGAUCACCCUGGCCUUUAGCAAGAAGAAGAUAGAAGAGCGAAAGGAGUGGCUGACUAAUUUCAUGGAGGAUAGGAGACAACGGAAGCUGCACGGUCUACCAGAGGACUACCUGUAUGGGAAAAACACUGAUUACCUGACAUACAAUGACUUCAUCAACAAGGAGUUAGUGCUGUUCUCAAACUCAGAUAAUGAGAGAUCAAUCCCAUCACUGGUUGAUGGUUUGAAGCCAGGUCAGAGGAAGGUUUUGUUCACCUGUUUCAAACGGAACGAUAAGCGGGAGGUGAAGGUUGCUCAGCUGGCUGGUUCUGUGGCUGAGAUGUCCUCAUACCAUCACGGUGAGGCUGCACUGAUGAUGACCAUCAUUAACUUGGCUCAAAACUUCGUGGGCAGCAACAACCUCAACUUGCUGCAGCCCAUCGGUCAGUUUGGCACAAGGCUGCACGGAGGCAAAGACUCUGCCAGCCCUCGAUACAUCUUCACCAUGCUCAGUCCCCUGGCACGCCUGGUGUUCCCACCAAUGGAUGACAACAUCCUGAGGUUCCUCUAUGAUGACAACCAGCGUGUGGAGCCAGAGUGGUACAUGCCCAUCAUUCCAAUGGUGCUGGUCAACGGGGCUGAAGGGAUUGGUACUGGCUGGGCCUGUAAAAUCCCCAACUUUGAUAUCAGGGAAGUUGUUAACAAUAUCCGUCGGCUGAUGGAUGGAGAAGAGCCACUGCCAAUGCUUCCCAGUUACAAGAAUUUCAAGGGCACCAUAGAUGAGCUGGGGCCUAAUCAGUACGUGAUAAGUGGUGAAGUGUCCAUCCUUGAUUCUACAACCAUUGAGAUCACUGAGCUGCCUGUCAGAACAUGGACACAGACAUAUAAAGAGCAGGUUCUGGAGCCCAUGUUGAAUGGCACUGAGAAGACCCCUCCUCUCAUCACAGACUACAAAGAAUAUCACACAGACACCACGGUGAGGUUUGUGGUGAAGAUGACUGAGGAUAAACUAGCAGAAGCCGAAGCUGUGGGGCUGCAUAAGGUCUUCAAACUCCAAACAAGUUUAACGUGCAACUCCAUGGUUCUUUUCGACCAUGUCGGCUUUCUCAAGAAAUACGACUCUCCCCAGGACAUUCUUAAGGAGUUCUUUGAACUCCGGCUCCGGUAUUACAAUCUGAGGAAGGAGUGGCUUAUUGGGAUGCUGGGUGCUGAGUCUGCAAAGCUGAGCAACCAGGCUCGCUUCAUCCUGGAGAAAAUAGAUGGCAAAAUUGUGAUUGAAAACAAACCCAAGAAAGAGCUGAUUCAAGUUCUUAUCCAGAGAGGGUACGAGUCUGAUCCGGUGAAGGCUUGGAAGGAGGCUCAGAACAAGGAUGAAGAGGAGGGGGAGGAGGAAGAGAACGACAAAGAAUCAGCUGCAGCCUCUGGCCCAGACUUCAACUACCUGCUGAACAUGCCCCUGUGGUAUCUGACCAAGGAGAAGAAAGAUGAGCUCUGCAAGCAGAGGGAUAAC